AUGGGUGUGCCGUCGUUCUACCGGUGGUUGACAAACAAGUACCCCAACGUCGCCGUUAAAGCUAGUGAAGAUGAAGGAGAGUGCAUCAACACCUCCUUGCCAAACCCCAAUGGCAUCGAGUUUGAUAAUUUAUAUCUCGAUAUGAAUGGGAUUAUCCACCCCUGCUUCCACCCCGAUGAUCAUCCUUGCCCUCCAGAAACGUUCGAAGAAGUAUUCAAUAAUAUCUUUAAAUACGUUGACAACCUUUUCAGUAUCGUAAGACCACGGAAGUUACUUUAUAUGGCGAUAGAUGGAGUUGCUCCACGGGCUAAAAUGAAUCAGCAACGAUCUAGGCGUUUUCGGACUGCUAAGGACAGGGAAAUAUCUGAAGCUGAGGAAGAGAGGCUAAGAGAAGAGUUUGAAAUGGAAGGAAAACCGGUUCUUCCGAAACACGAAUCUGAAAUUUCGGAUUCCAACAUAAUCACUCCAGGCACAGAAUUUAUGUACAAAUUGUCGGAGGCUCUCAGAAGCCAUGUUGUUUCACGUAUAAACGAUGAUCCGGGCUGGAGGGACAUCAAGGUUAUUAUUUCUGAUGCCAAUGUUCCUGGUGAGGGCGAACAUAAGAUUAUGGCUUUUAUUCGCCAACAGAGAAAUGUUUGUACUGGAUAUAAUCCAAAUACAAGGCACUGCCUCUAUGGUCUGGACGCUGAUCUGAUAAUGCUGGCUUUAGCAACACAUGAAGUUCAUUUUUCAAUUUUGAGAGAGGUGAAUUUGACUAAUUGUUUUAAAUCUUCUAACAAUGUCAAUGCAACUGCAUCUUUCGUCAAAAAGCCGUAUGAGUUUCUCCAUGUGUGGAUUCUGAGGGAAUAUUUGGAGCUUGACAUGAAAAUUUCUGAUCCUCCAGCCAAUGUGAAGAUAGAUCUUGAGCGGAUAGUUGAUGACUUCAUUUUCUUGUGCAUUUUUUGUGGCAAUGAUUUCCUACCCCACAUGCCUUCGUUAGAAAUUCGUGAGGGUGCUAUUGAUUUGUUGAUGACUGUUUACAAAAAAGAGUUCAAGAACAUUGGCGGCUAUCUACUUGACAUGAGCAGGCUUGCUGAUGAAAAAAGAAAAGGAUAUAUAAAGCUAUCCAGAGUAGAGAAGUUCAUUCUUUUGGUUGGCUCAUAUGAGGAGAAAAUUUUCAAGAAAAGAUCAGAAAUUUGCGAGCGUAAACUCAAAAACCUUUGCAAGCAUUCAGAUAAUCAAGUUGAAUAUGAAGGUGGUGGUGAUAUGGAGAUUGGUAUUAGGAACAAUUUCCGUGCAUUAUCAAGUGAGAAAGCUACAUCUUUCAGGGAUUCAGCAGAAAGUCUUACAUUAUCACGUGGGUAUGGGAGUGCCGAUUCUUCUGAAAUUGGCAAAAAUACAAAAGAGUUGAAAGAAAAGUUAAAAUCUAAUCUUCGGAAGAAAUCUGACCUAUUUAAGAAUGGUUUGAGGUUGGACAAAGUGAGAUUGGGGACUGCUGGCUGGAAAGAAAGAUACUACAAAGAGAAAUUUUCUGUAGAAACCUGGAGGGAUUCUGAGAACCUAAGAAAAGAAAUAGUAAAGAAGUACACUGAAGGUCUAUUGUGGGUUCUUCUAUAUUAUUUUUCAGGGGUCCCAUCUUGGUCAUGGUUUUACCCAUACCACUAUUCACCAUUUGCGUCAGAUUUGAAGGGCCUUGCUCAGGUCAGUUUAAAGUUUCAAAAGGGUUCCCCAUUAAAACCAUUUGAUCAACUUUUGGCUGUACUACCCCCAAAGAGUGCUCAUGCGCUUCCUAAAGCUUACCAGGCUCUGAUGACAGAUCCAGAGUCCAAGAUAAUUGAUUUAUAUCCUACUGAUUUUGAUAUCGACUUCGAUGGAAAACGUUUUAUGUGGCAGGGAAUCUGCAAGCUCCCUUUUAUUGUGGAAGAAUGCCUUCUAUCUGAGACUAAAGAAUUAGAGAAGAGCCUUCAGAGGGUUGAAGCAAUGAGGAACAGAGACAAUUUUGAUCAGUUAUAUGUGAGUAGCACACACAAGAUGGCAUCCCAGAUUUUGAUUUUGUCACUUUCCCCAGAUCAAAACAAAGUGGUUGAGAUAGAUAGCUGGAUGAGUGAUGGUAUUUCUGGAUUUAUUCAUCUUCCUAAUGAAGAUGCUGAAAUAGUUCACUGCUUUGAAGUCCAUAACAGCAUUAGUGAGAAACGUGUAUUAUGUGUGUCUUUUGAGAUGUGUAAUGGUAGCGUACAUAUUCCGUGCCUACUUGAAGGCGUUGACUGUCCAACUAAGAUUAUUACUGAAGGAGAUAUUAUGGAAACAGAACUUUGGCAUGAAUACCAGGGUAACAAUCCCUCCAACAGUCGCAGAUUGCAGUAUGAAAGAUGUCGAAAAGUGGAUAGUAGCCUGAAUUCUGCUUCAAGCCGGUCCCCUAAGAUGAUACAUGAAGGCUAUCACAGGGGAUUUACUAAAGACUCAUCUUCAGAGGUGUUAUAUAAAGGUGCUGGUGAUGGAUGGGGUGCUGGUAGAGGAAAAGUUAAUAAUGCUUCCAAUAUUUCAGUGUCAAGUAGUAACUUAAAUGAACGGGUCAGGCCUCAUGGAGGAGCUCAGUCGAUGAACAACAAUGUUUGGUCGUAUAGAAAUGGAGUGACAUACGGCACAAAUAAUAUGCAGCGUCAGGGAACAAAAUUUUGGGCUCCUGUCCAUCAAGGGAGAGGACAGCAUGCUGCCACAGCUUGGAAACGCAGUUCUGCUACCAGCUUUGUGCCCGGCAGGAGCCGACAUGAUCAACAUUCUUCUGCCGAGGAAAGUGGCAGCCAUUGA